AAAAAAUGCAGACCACUGGGGCACUACUCAUUUCUCCUGCUCUGCUCCGCUUUUGUACCAGGGGUCUGAUCAGGCCUGUGUCUGCCUCCUUCCUGAGUAGGCCAGAAAUCCCAUCUGAACAACCUCCCUGCAGCAUUGUCCCACUCCAGGUGGCCAGGCCGGAGUUCCAGACCAGUGUUGUGUCCCAGGACAUUGACACAGCGGCCAAGUUUAUUGGUGCUGGGGCCGCCACAGUUGGUGUGGCUGGUUCCGGGGCUGGCAUUGGAACAGUGUUUGGCAGCUUGAUCAUUGGCUAUGCCAGGAACCUGUCUCUGAAGCAGCAGCUCUUCUCCUGUGCCAUUCUGGGCUUUGCCCUGUCUGAGGCCAUGGGGCUCUUCUGUUUGAUGGUCGCCUUCCUUAUCCUCUUAGCCAUGUGAGGCUUCGUGGAGGUCACCUACCCGUCCCUGCUGCUUCGACUCCAAGGCCACGCCCGGUGCUGGAGUGUGCUGAGCUUGACCAUUAAACACAACAUUUCUCUAAAAAAAAA